CGCCGGUCCCGCCGCACGUGUUGGCGGUGCCGCCAUGAGCUGCCCGGUGCCCUGCGCCGCCUGGGUGCGGCGCGGCGUGGCCAAGGAGACCCCGGACAAGGUGCAGCUCAGCGAGGAGGAGCUGAAGGGUCUCAUCGAGGAGGCGCAGGACAGGCUGGGGGAGGGUGCUGGUGGCAGCAAUGAAGGUCAGACGGCAGGGGACAUGAAUGUGGCCGUUCCUGGCAGCUCUCAGUCUAACAAUGAAGACCUGUCUGAUCAUGAACUGGAUGAAUAUGAUUUGGAAAAUUACGAUAAAGAGGAAUACACGGGUGAUUUACAACUUGGAGACUCUUUGGCUACUCUGGCAGUAUAUGGGAGUAAUGAUAAUGAUCCUUACAUCACUCUCAAAACCACUGAGCAAUAUGAACAGGAGGACUUUUUGAUUAAGCCCACUGACAAUCUCGUCCUUUGUGGCAGAGUUGAUAAAGACUGCUGUAGUUUGGAGGUCCAUGUUUAUAAUCAUGAGGAGGACUCAUUUUAUGUACAUCAUGAUAUUAUCUUGCCCGCUUACCCUCUAAGUCUGGAGUGGUUGAAUUUUGAUCCUAAUCCAGAUGAAUCAACAGGAAAUUACGUUGCAGUGGGUAACAUGACCCCAGUUAUUGACAUUUGGGACCUUGAUGUAGUAGAGUCCCUAGAACCAGUGUUUUCUCUUGGAGGCAAGAAAGAGAAAAAGAAGAAAAAAAAAGGAAAGAAAAGUUUAUCUUCGGAGGGGACCGUGGAAGGACAUACUGAUGCUGUGCUUGAUCUUUCCUGGAACAAACAAAGCAGGAAUGUUUUAGCAAGCGCAUCUGCUGACAAUACUGUGAUUCUGUGGGAUAUGUCUGUGGGUAAGCCAGCAGCCAGCCUGACGCUGCAUACAGACAAGGUGCAGACAUUGCAGUUUCAUCCGUUUGAGACUCAGACCCUUAUUUCUGGAUCUUUCGAUAAAUCCGCAGUGCUAUAUGACUGCAGAAACCCGCAAGAUAACCAUCGAGUGUGGAGGUUUAGUGGUCAGGUUGAGAGAGUAAUUUGGAAUCACUUUUCACCUUGUCAUUUCUUAGCAAGCACAGAGGAUGGUUUUGUGUACUGUCUGGAUGCUCGUUCUGAUAAGCCCCUGUUUACUCUGAAAGCCCAUGAUGAAGAGGUGUCAGGGCUACAACUAAGCAGUCAAGUCAAAGGGUGCCUUGUGACAUCAUCUGCUGACAAAUAUGUGAAAAUUUGGGACAUCCUGGGAGACAGACCAAGUUUAAUCCAUUCCAGGGAUAUGAAAAUGGGUGUUCUCUUCUGUGCUGCUUGCUGCCCUGACUUCCCAUUUGUCUUUGCCUUUGGAGGAGAGCGAGAAGGGCUGCGUGUUUGGGAUAUAAGCAAGAUUUCUGCAGUGAAUGAAGUUUUUGGAAAUAGAGAGAGACUGGUUCUGGCUAGUGCCAACUCCGUGGCUUCCAACUCCACAGCCAGCAGGAACAGCAACAACUCAGAGACAGCAAUGGAAUCAUGAGGGACCAAACAUCAAAAAACUGGAGUAAUUAAUGGGACUACGACUAAUGUAUAUUCUACAAAUGCCCAUUAGGUGAGAGUUCAUGGAAAUGGCUCUAAUGUCUUGCAGUCUACAGGCUUCUUCAUCUCAGACAGGGUGGUGUGGUUAAGCUCUUAAGUUCCUGCCUCUAUUACUGGCUUUGAAAGAUUAAAUCACUUGCUUUUGCCUGAGAUGAUGAUCCCUGAAACAGGGGCUACCAUGUGUGAAGCUGACAUAUGAAAUGCAACAGUCACUACAAAAGUAUUCUGUGGCUACCAGAAGUUUGUUAAAUACUGCAAAGGUUUUGAUCUUCUACCUUCUAAGGGCCCAAGAAAAAAAUACUUCACGUGACAGUUGUGUAAUAAAUAAACAAAAGCUGAAUGAAAUGACAAGUGUAAAUAGAUAAUUUAUCCUUGAGGCUAGGUUUAUAGAUUUCUAAUACAAAUUUUAAAAUAUCUUCCAUGUAACUUUUUAAAUCUUAAGAGUAGUUCUCAGGCAAUAAAAUGGUGUCCCCAAGUAGAAUCUUGAAAUGUUAUUUCUAACGUUCAGCUCACCAGAAAUCCCAGCAAACCAGAAAUAUCCCAGCUCCAUCCAUCAAGAUUGGGUGUUUCUUUUCCCUGGUUCCACAGCACCUGAAGCCAACUGAUGUUGCACAUGGUACUGAGUUUUUCUUCAAGCUCCAACUGUAACAUAUUUUAAGAGAAUUUGAACUGAAAGAAGGAGCUGCUACUUGGAAAGGAUGAGAACCUGUCAGGACA